GUCGCCCAACAUGGAGAUCUUCAGCUGCUGGUGGCAGCCGAUUGCUAAUCAGGACAAUGUCACGUACACGCUCCUGUACACCACGGGUGAACACGCUCCUCAGGAGUGUCCUGAUUAUGUGAGCGGUGGCAUCAACAGCUGCUUCUUUGAUGCCAAACACACUCAGAUCUGGGAGAUGUACUGCAUGAACGUGACGGCACACAUGCGCACUGGGCCCAUCACCUCCCAGAAACACUGCCUGGAUGUGGCCGAUAUAGGUCAGUGUAAUUUCUCCUGAAGUUUUCCAGUAUCAUCCACUGAGCUCAGCACAGACCUUUAAUUAUCUUUUUCAACCCAUCUUACAUGCAGUUUAGUAC